CUGUCUCCAGACUCCCCAAAAGCAGAUCCAUUUUUCCCCCUUCCUCUUCCUGCUUUUUCUUCACCCAUGGACCUCUUUUUUGCGGGAGAGCGACCAGGAGGGAAGCAGCGAGGCGCUCCUCUCCCCAAGCAGCGCGGGGAGACAACAAUAGGGAACUGAAGAGGCCGGGGGAGGCGGAGGGAAGCGAAAUUGACUAGCAACGAGACUGUGCUGGUGGCGAAGGGGGGAAAAAAUAAAUUCCUCCUUUGCUGAACGCAAAAAGCGGCUGCUGUGUGUAUAAGAGAGUUUUAUGGAGCCGCCGGCUGGGAAUCGCCCUAGUUCCGCCCGGAGAAGGAGAUCAGGAAGACGGGAUUAUUAUGAGCUUGCCAAGAAGACGCUGAGCUACUCCAGGGUGGUGUUCGCAGGGGUUGGGGCAUCGCCAGGCUCGCUGGAGACCUGCUGCCGCGGCCGCCUUUCUUAACUGGGCUAAGCCAGGCAGCAAGGACUCUUGACAAGGCAAGGUAAAAGAGGGAGAGCCCUUUCCUGAGCUGGAUUUAUAACCACAUGGCAAGCCACCAGUGAGUGACCCGGCGAUCAGGGCAAGCGACCCUGAGUGGAUUCCUCUCCUUCGCCUUUUCUCCUCAAACAGCCUUUGGGAACGAUGAGCGGGAGAUGAUGAUGUUGGAUAGCCAGAGCUCCACUCAGGAGAUUGGAGAAGAGGUGGAAGAUGGCGUGAUCUAUAGCAUUUCUCUUCGGAAAGUCCAGCUCCACCACACAGCCAACAAGGGGCAGCGAUGGCUGGGGUUUGAGAACGAGUCGGCCUUAAACCUGUACGAGACUUGUAAGGUACGGACCAUCAAAGCCGGGACCCUGGAGAAGCUGGUGCAAUACCUCGUCUCUGCAUUCAAAGGCAAUGAUUCCACCUACGUCACCAUCUUUCUCUGUACUUACCGUGCCUUUGCCACGACCAAGCAGGUCCUGGACCUCCUUCUGAACAGAUAUGGCAAACUGCACCUCCAGGUCAACGGAGACCACCCCAGGCAUGCAGUGGACGAGAGGCUGGAGCUGAAAAACACCAUCUCGUCCAUCCUGGGUGCCUGGCUGGAUCAGUACUCCGAAGACUUCCGCAAGCCUCCGGACUACGCCUGCCUGAAGCAGCUGAUAAUUUAUGUGCGGCUCAACAUCCCAGGCUCAGACCUGGAGCGGAGAGCCCGCAUCCUCUUCACGCAGUUCCAGCAGCAGGAGCGGGCCGAGGUGGAGGCGGAAGCUGUGGACCAUCCCAGCUGCACCCUGCGGCUAGAAGAGGAGAAUGGGCUAGGAGAAGGCAAGCUAGACUUCCUCUCUUUCUCGCCGGAAAUGGUGGCCGAACAAUUCACACUAAUGGAUGCCGAGCUUUUCAAAAAGGUGGUUCCCUAUCACUGCCUUGGCUGCAUCUGGUCCCAGCGGGACAAGAAAGGCAAGGAGCACUUGGCCCCCACCAUCCGGGCGACCGUCUCCCAGUUUAACCGUGUCACCAACUGCAUCAUUUCAACUUGCCUUGGGGACCGGACCCUGAAGCCACAGCAAAGAGCCAAGGUGGUGGACCACUGGAUUCAAGUAGCUCGGGAAUGCCGGAUCCUAAAGAACUUCUCUUCCCUCCGGGCCAUUCUCUCCGCCUUGCAAUGCAACGCUGUUCACAGGUUGAAGAAGACAUGGGAUGAGGUCUCCCGAGAAAGCUUCCGCACUUUCCACGAGCUGUCAGAAAUCUUCUCAGACGAGAACAACCAUUCCUUGAGUCGGGAGCUUCUCAUUAAGGAGGGGACCUCCAAGUUCGCCACCCUAGAGAUUAACCCAAAGAGGGCUCAGAAACGGCAGCAGCAGCAGCGGGAGAUGGGCGUGAUGCAAGGCACCAUCCCUUACCUGGGCACCUUUCUCACUGACUUAGUGAUGCUGGACACAGCCAUGAAGGACUACGUGGAUGCUGGCCUUAUCAACUUUGAGAAAAGGAGGAAGGAAUUUGAGGUCAUUGCACAGAUCAAACUGCUCCAGUCAGCCUGCAAUAACUACAACUUCACGCAGGAAGAUCGCUUUGUGGUCUGGUUCCAUAGCAUUGAGCGGCUCAGUGAGGCAGAGAGCUACGGCCUCUCCUGUGAGAUUGAGCCCCUGUCGGAGUCAGCCAGUAACACUCUGAAGGCGAAGAAAAACACAGGGAUCAUCAAGCGCUGGAGCGACCGGCAGGCCCCCAGCACUGAAUCCUCCUGUGCCAGUGGCAGCUCCCACUCCAAGUCCUUUGACCAGCUGAAGUGCGGUCCCUACCUGUGCAGUGCGGACAUGGCGGACUCCGUCAGUGUCACGUCGGCCGGCUCCAGCAGCUCCGACGUGGAGGAGAUCAACAUCAGCUUCAUCCCCGACUCUCCCGAGGGUCAAGAGAAGAAGUGUUACCUUCCCGUCCUGGACUCCCAGACGUUCAACUCCGCUUCUGGCCAGGAGGGGGUGCCCCUGAGCACUGCCUGUAGUAGAAAGUUCUGGGAAUCCACCUCGCUUUCCUCCCUGGACACCUCGGGAAUCGGCUCAAGUUCGAGCAGCGCCUCCUCCUCCUCGGUCUCCUCCACGCCGGUGACGGCCUCCCGCACCCACAAGCGCUCUGUCUCAGGCAUCUCCAGCUACUCCUCUCUCUCCUUGCCCCUCUAUAACCAGCAAAUUGACGACUGUUGCAUCAUCCGGGUCAGCUUGGCCGUGGAGAAUGGGAACAUGUACAAGAGCAUUCUGGUGACCAGCCAGGACAAGACCCCGGUUGUGAUCCGUAAAGCCAUGGCCAAACACAAUCUGGAUGGGGACCGGCCGGAGGACUAUGAGCUCAUUCAGAUCAUCUCAGAAGAGAGAGAACUGAAAAUCCCGGACAACGCCAAUGUCUUCUAUGCCAUGAACUCUGCUGCCAACUACGACUUUGUGCUCAAGAAGAGAGGCUUCUCCAAGGCCGUCAAGAUCAAGCACGGAUCGAGCUCCACGCUGCCACGGAUGAAGCAGAAAGGCCUCAAAAUUGCCAAAGGCAUUUUCUAACCCCUGGGGCAGAGGGUCACCUGCCCCACCCACGGGCUUUGCCCCCUCACCAACUCAGUGCUGUUCCACUCUUGGCUACCAGUCUGUCUUAAAUGCCAUGGGGUUGGGGGCAGGUGUGUGAGAGAUGAUGUGAUUGAUCUCCCCACCCUGGCAGCCUUGACCCUUUUCUCCAUCUUGCCAAGGAGAUGCCCCAGCCGAAACCCUGGAAAUUGGAAGCGGGAUCCCUUAGCAGCAACACCGCUCCUGCACGUUACUCUUCGUGUUUUCUCUCUCUCUGUGCGUGUGUGUGUGUGUGUGUUGGCAGCAGCUGGCCCUUGCCUUUAAAUCAGGUCUGCAUCUCGUCUUAUUUUUAAAACAACAACAACGAGGAGGAGAUUUUUAUUUUCCAUUAAAAAAAAAACAAGACCUUUCCAUGGUGCAAGCCAAGCUUAUGUGGCUGCCUGAAGCCGUAGCCUGCCUUACACCGAUCAAUCAGCGUGGUGCUGCUAAGGGGGUCUGCUUUCUCCGUUCUCUGCUAAGAAGCACCCGAGCAGAGGCUGGGGACUGGGAGUGUUCAGGGGAUUGGAGCGAGCCCAUGUGUGGGACAAUGACUGUCUUCAUCUUCCAUGCUCCUGGAUACAGUUCCUUCUUGGUUGUCCUGGUCAAGCGAACUCACUGCCUGGAAUUGGUCCAGAAAUGCACUUUUUUUGUCGUCAACGGGAGUCUGAAACUUUCCCCCACCGCUGCCUGUCCACGUGGAGUCCGGCCCUGUGGAUUCCUCGUGUGGAUUUAAGGCCACCAGCGAAGGUGGAUCCUGUGCCAGAAUAGGGUCAACCCACUCAAGACUUUUUUGAACUUUUCCAAACUCCUUCCCCCCACCCCCUUUCUAUUAAGAGCCUCCACCAAAGAUCAAAAAUGGCAAGCGUGUUUCUAUGACAAAACGCCUCCGCUGGCCAACAGAGGCAGGAGUUGAAGGAAGUUGGGUUUCUGUACAAAACACACUGUAAAUAAGGACCUUGGGUAGAGAGAAGGAAGGGGUGGGAGGAGGGCUGAGUGAUUUGCUCUAAAGGGUUGCAAUGAAACUGCCCCCCCCCUUCUCCCUCUUGGAAAGUGCCACUCCAGUUUUUUUCUUGUGUGUGUUUUAAUGGACUAAGAACCUUUGACAGUGAAGUAGGGUCUGUGGACUAUUGUCUGAUGUGAUCGGAUUUUUUUUUUUUUGUAAAGAGAAUCUCAAAAUGAAUUUACUAAUGUUCCACCCCACCCCACCCCACUCCCAAUAUUUAUUGCUUGUGUAAAUAGACUGGUUGGAUUUGUACAUUUUACUAACACUGUUUAAAUAUCCGUUAGCGUG